AUUUCUAGCAUAAAAGCAGGCUAGAAAAUAAAAACAAAAAAAUAUACUGUUGGCACUACUUCGUCAUUGCUCCUAGCUCGCCCCUUUCCCUUUCGACGACCACCCUCAAUAACACACAUUUUUAAGGAACUUUAAUUUCCUUGGUAGCGCAAUAAUAAUGCCCGUCGCCUGUGGAGAUGAACAACAAAUUGACGACAUCGAAGAUCUUAUUUCGGCCGUGGAAAACAAAUCGAGCAAAUCAAAAGUGGAAAAUGAUGGGGAGCUGAUGGAACUAAUGGAACUGCGGCCUAGCGAAGUUCCCUGCAGCCACAGUCACAUUCCGGGCACGCAGAAAAUAUUUUUCAAAACCUGGGGCUGCACCCACAACACCUCUGAUAGCGAAUACAUGGCCGGGCAGUUGAAGGAAUACGGAUACCAAAUAAUAGAUGAAGAAAAUAAAGACGAGGCUGAUUUAUGGAUCUUGAACAGUUGCACCGUAAAAACUCCUGCCGAAGAUCACCUGAGAAAUUACAUGAAAAUGGCACAGGGGAAGCCUGUGGUUGUUGCUGGUUGCGUUCCUCAGGGUGCUCCUAGGUCCAGUUACUUGAGCAAUGUAAGCGCUAUCGGAGUCAUGCAAAUUGACAGGGUUGUCGAAGUGGUGGAAGAAACUUUAAAAGGAAACACCGUUCGACUCUUUGGACCCAAAAAACGGGGUGGAAAAAAAUUAGGUGGUGCCUCUUUGCUUCUGCCGAAAGUGCGGCGGAACCCAUUGAUUGAAAUCAUCCCCAUCAGCACAGGCUGCCUCAACUCUUGCACCUACUGUAAAACCAAACACGCCCGGGGUGAACUAGGCAGCUACCCUGUUGCUGAAAUUGUGGCCAGAGCAAAGCAGGCAUUUGAAGAGGGUGUUUGCGAAUUGUGGCUGACCUCUGAGGACACUGGUGCAUAUGGCAGGGAUAUUGGCACCAACCUGCCAGAACUGUUGUGGGCUGUGAUUGACACUAUCCCUGACGGCUGCAUGCUACGUCUCGGGAUGACCAACCCGCCUUACAUAGUUGAGCAUCUGCCUGAGAUGGCCAAAAUCCUCAACCACCCAAGAGUCUACAGUUUUUUACAUGUGCCCGUCCAAUCUGCAAGUGAUGGAGUUUUGGCUGAUAUGAAAAGAGAGUAUGUCAGGUCGGAUUUUGAAGGACUCGUCGAUUUUUUGAGAGAAAAGGUUCCCGAAGUGAACAUUGUGACGGAUAUCAUUUGUGGGUUUCCUACUGAGAGUGAAGAGGAUUUUAAAGAAACUUUAGAUUUGUGCAGGAAGUACAAAUUUGCCAGCUUGUACAUCAACCAGUUUUUCCCUCGUCCUGGCACACCUGCUGCCAAAAUGGAGAGGGUUCCACCUGCUGAAGUGAAGAAGCGGACGAAGCAACUGACAGAUCUUUUCCUGUCCUACGAGCCUUACAGUGGCUGUGAGGGUAAAUGCUACAAAGCUCUGGUCACUGAACUCUCCCAUGACAGGCAACACUACGUCGCCCACAACAAGAGUUACCACCAAAUUCUUGUUCCGAAGAGGGCCGACAUCCUCGGUAAGACAAUCACCGUGAAAAUAACCUCGAUUAGGAGACACUGCAUGAUAGCCGAAAUCAUAGAUGUGGAUCCAGAGGAAAUGGCUGCUGCCAGGUGCAAAGGAACCAAACUAUAUUUAGCCGAAGAACAUAACAAUAAUAUUUCCUUAAUCUACCCUAUCUCAAUGAUAGCCCUGGCGGUUGUUUUAAGAAUGAUUUGGGCUGCUUUGUCUUUGUGAAACAAAAAUGGUUUUUUUAUUAAAACUAAAAUUAUAAGUCUAAACAGG